CUUGGCGCUCAAGGCGGUGCUUUUGGAGGUCUAGGUGGAGGGUUGCCAGCCGCUCCCAGUGAACCAAUCCCAAGUGCCUUUGGAGGCCCUGGCAACCAGGGCGGCCAACUCGGUGGUUUUGGCAAUGCUGGAAACUUGGGCAGCGGCUUGGGCAGCGGCUUGGGCGGCGGCUUGGGCGUGCCUCCUCCUUCUGGUGGAGGCGGUUUUGGAGGCAUUGGCAUGGGUGGACUUGGUGGCAUGGCCCCAGCUCCUGCCAUGGAUGGAACAGGUGCUUUAGCUGGUGGCACCGGAAGUGGUUUGGGCAUGCCUGGAUUGCAAGGAACUGGCCUAGAUGCGCAGGGAGACAAAGGGGGCUUCGUGAAACUCAGCACGGACCCUGAAACCUUGCAUCAGGCUUUCCACUACGCAGACAUUGCUGCAUACCUUCUGCAGCGGCCAGAGCCACGAUCUCCGGAAGAGUGUCGUGAACAGUGCUCUCGCAAUGAGAGCUGUGCAGCUUGGGAGGUGUGCGCACCUUUGGGCGAUGGCUGCGAUGGCUGUUACCUCAUUUCGCGCGCACCGCGUCGCUGGGAUCAGCGGGAGGGUUGGCAUGCGGAAAUCCUUCCAGGCCGAGAAGAGCUUGGCUGGCAGAACAAUGACACUGGUGGCCUUGCAAACUUGACUGUGGAGAGCUGCCGAGAAUUUUUGCUGAAUGCCAACGGAGCAGAUCAAAGUGUUCCAUUUCAUGAGCCUGCUGUGAUGCAGAAGUACGCAGCGUGUGGCUCUAUGGUCUGGGAUGCAGAAGCUCCACGUGGUCUCAAUGUGGUUGGUCAACACUGGCCAACCUUUCUGAUUACGAACUUCUGGGACCCCCCAAUUUUGUUGCCGCAGGAGGUGGAGCAGGAAAUGUUGUCAUCAAGCCCGCGGCAGCAGCGCCCACCCACCCCCAUGGCAGCUGCAGCUUUGGAAGCCAUGCAGCGACCAGGUGUGACUGAGCAGUUGCAUGGAACCAUUGGUUCCGACUCCUGGGAAGGACACCGUCGAAGUCGGGACCGAGCUCCUCAUGCCUUCGUUUUGCCCUUUUACGACACAAACAUUGGGCACUGGAUGAAGCAGCAUGGCUCCAUGAACCCUUUGCAGUCAUACGAGAUGCAGUCAAUCCUGCAACCCGGUGAUACGGUCAUCGAUGUCGGUGCCAACCUGGGGUGCUACACUUUGCCCUUUGCAGAGCGGGUGGGGGCUGCUGGAAAGGUCAUUGCAGUGGAGCCAUUCCGAUGGUUACGUCAGAUUGUGGCAUCCAAUGUGGCCAUCAACGGCUUGAGCAACGUCUGGUUGCCCCCAGUGGGUCUGGGAGCGGCUCGUGCCAGUUUUGAGGCACGACCCCCCCAAUUCCGGUUCUUCUCAUCGCCAGGAGGGGUGAAACUUCACCAACAGCAGGAUAUGAAGCCCGAAGAAGUGAUGCAAAUGUAUGAUUGGGAUGUUGCACCUGAAAGAGUCACAGUCUUGACCAUGGAUGAGUUACUUGGAGUGGUUCCAUCUGCUGGGGUUGAGCUUCUCGGCCUUCCCCCCAUUGAUGGGGUUCGACUGAUAAAGAUCGAUGUGGAAGGGAUGGAAAAAGAGGUCAUUGCCGGAGCCAGAAGUGUGGUUCAAAUGUUCAAGCCGAUCAUUUGGUCGGAGAAUGUGGCCUACUUCUCCUCCAAAGGUCAAGACGUGUCUUUCCUACAGUUAAUGGACGAGUUGGAAUACAACUGCGCUGGUGCGCAGAAUGCCCCAAACGACAUCAUUUGCACUGACAGACAUGGCCGUGGACAUCAGAUCAGCUGAUGAAUGUUGAGAAAGAUGAUGACCAAGGAGCAGGUGAUGCCCAAGCAGGGUGCCAACCAGAGCAGGGCAAGAGCCCAAGAAAGAAGAGACCAAAAAACAUGGAGCGGGAUUUGAAACGCAUCUAUCAAAUCCAGGAGGGGGACGGCAGGGAAAA